AUGAGCGACCAAGCGGCGCAACAACUCCUGAGCGAGGCUGAGGCCCGCAGCGGAUCCGAGAAGCCAGGGUACCGCCGGCCCAUCACCCAAGGGCAGUGGUGGAGCGUGAGCGUCGAGGAAUGGACGGCCAUCAAACACACGACACGGCUCAAGACGCUCGAGCACAUCGGGCGGAUCAUGGAGACGAGCGACGGCGAGGCGGCGCGGACACGCUGCGACUACUGCCGAGCGAAGCAGUACAGCGACUGCCGGGUGUACAGCGCCGAGGCGCACCGCAAGGGAAACACGCGCAAGGGCUGCGCGCGCUGCAUCCGCGCCAAGAUCAACACGCGCUGCAUGGCGGGGGUGCCCGAGGGCAAAGGCGAAAUGGCGCAGCUGAGCGAGCGAGUGGAAAUGCUAGAGAACAAGCUAGCCGUAAUGAAGGAGGGUUCUAAAUAG